AGAACAGAAGAGAAAAUAUUCCCUUUUUUUUGUUUUCCUUCUCAUCUUCAUGGCUUAAAAAAAUAAUAAUUACAUUUUUUGGAUAAUGGAACAGUAUGUUUCCAAACUACAUCCUCUUGUGGAUUACGCUGCUGGGAUAUUUUUGCUGAUAAUAGCUAUUUUGACUAUAGGGGGCAAUUUAGCCGUAUUGAUCACCGCAGUGAAAUGUUCCUCUCACCUGAAGCCCCCCGACCUCCUGUCUAUAAACUUGGCAGUGACAGACCUCGGCAUGGCUAUCAGCAUGUACCCUCUGGCUAUAGCUUCCGCCUGGAACCACGCGUGGCUGGGUGGAGAUACGUCCUGCCUUUAUUAUGCCCUGAUGGGCUUUCUCUUCGGAGUCUCCAGUAUGAUGACCCUGACGGCGAUGGCUGUGAUUCGGUACCUAGUGACCAGCUCGCCCAUAUGCAACCGUAACAGAAUAAAAAAGAAUGCAAUGUAUAUUGUGAUAACGUGUAUAUGGCUUUAUUCCUUGCUGUGGGCAGUGUUACCCUUGCUUGGCUGGGGGCAUUAUGGUCCGGAACCGUUUGGCAUUUCCUGCACAAUCGCGUGGAAUGAAUUCCAGAACACUUCCAAUGGAUUUUCUUUCAUUGUGUCCAUGUUCGCCUUGUGUACUGUCACACCGGCCAUAACCAUCAUCACAUGCUAUGCCAAGAUAGCGUGGAAACUCCAUAAAGCUUAUCAAGAAAUAAAGAACUACGACAAAAUCCCCAACGCUGCAAAAUUGGAGAAAAAAAUCACUCUGAUGGCAGUACUGGUGAGUUUCGGUUUUCUUUUCUCGUGGACACCCUACGCGGCGGUGAGCUUUUGGUCGAUGUUCUACACCAGCGAGUACAUCCCGCCAGUGGUGACUCUACUGCCCUGUCUCUUCGCCAAGUCCUCCACCGCCUUCAAUCCUAUUAUUUAUUACAUGUUCAGCAAGACAUUCAGACAGAAAGUUAAGCAGCUGAAAUGUUGCUGUGGUUGGAGGAUCCAUUUCAUGCAAGAGAACUCGGCAGAGAAUCCGGCGGUGUCGGUGAUCUGGACGGGAAGAGACAACGUCCAGAUGUCCUCCGUCUUAAAAAUAAACACGGGAAAUUCCGGCUCAUUGGUGACGCAAUAAAAAUGUAAACGAGGUACUUCGAUUAAAACAUUUACGAUACGACACCCUACAACAGGAACACUGAAAACAAAGAAAUCUUGUAAUUAAUGUGCAUUUGUAAUGUAUUUUUAAAAAUAAAACCAUAUGUAUAUGUGGCAUUAGAUAGAGACACAAGAAUAAACAAUUGUUUACA